AUGACCAAGUAUACGAGGAACAAAAAAAGUUCAUCUCAUCAGCUUAGAUCAUCACAUCACAGGAAACCCCACAGUAGUUCCAGAUUCAAAAAAGUUUCCAGCAAGGAGAUACCAUUUGCAGCCAUAGAGAAAUGUGCGUGGACAGAUGCAACUUGUCCAGUAUGCAUGGAAUUCCCACACAGCGCUGUUCUUCUACUCUGUUCAUCACAUGGCAAUGGUUGUCGUCCAUAUAUUUGUGCUUCCAACUACCAGCACUCAAAUUGUCUUGAUCAGCUUGUAGAGUCAUGCAGAAAAGAAGCCUCUGAGGACCCAGAUGCAAUAGAGCUUGCGUGUCCCCUUUGCCGUGGUGAGGUCAAGGGAUAUACCUUGGUUGAGCCUGCUCGGAAGCAGCUGAAUCACAAGAGGAGGAGCUGCAUGGAAGAUGGCUGUUCAUACAUGGGCUCAUACAGAGAGCUCUGCAAGCAUGUCCGAAACAAGCACCCUUCUGCAAACCCACGAGCUGUGGACCCCCUACAUGCUUACAGAUGGAAGCGGCUUAUAUUUCGAAGUUCAUUGCAAGAUAUGAUUUGUUCAACUACUUCAGAGGUUAUGCGAAGGUUAUUUUCUCUCAUGCUGCAGUUUGAUGAGCUUGUGGCUGCUUUGCGAGAGGGUGGUGAUCGUCAUGGCGCUACCAAUGAUAAUUCACUGCAAAGUGCUAGCGCAGAAACCACUGAUCCAUAA